GGCGGGCACAUAAAGCGAGAUGGAAUCUGGGCAAGUGAUCGGUCCUAGAACAGAAUCGAAAAUAACAAGCCGCCCAUCAUCACCAAACAUACUCUUCGACGGACCCCGCCAUGCGCUCUUUCGCUUCUAUGCUGUCAACUGCCCUCGUCCUCGGAGUAUUUGCCAGCCUGACCGCUAAUGUUUCUGCGCUUUUAUGCAACACUGGAUACACUGCAACUUGUGAUGGUCCGGAUCAAACCGUUUAUCAUACCCCCGAUGGAAGUGGGAACUUCUUCUGUAAAGGUGGGAGCAAGGCUGCCUGCUGUGCUGUGAUUGCGACAUGCUACCAAUGCUAUUAUGAUCUCGGAAAUGGCAUGGAUAAUCCUAAAAUCAUAUCUUCUUGUUAGGGUCUCGUGGGUUAUUUAUGAUAGCAAUUGUAAAGGUUGUGUUAGUUAAGACCCAAACCUCAGCCAUAGGUCUUACAUACUUCUCUACCUCAUCAUAUACAUUAUUGCCAAGUCUAAGAUCAAUUUUAUAACUAUAAGAAUCCAG